AUGACUACGGCACAAAUGGACCAGUACUCACCAUUCACGAGAUUUUCAGCCGUAGACAGACCAUCUGGAUCCCCCCGCCUCACUCUUACUUUUAAAGCGAAACCGGAUCUAGAUAUCAACGUUCAAGCGUGGUACCCUAUCACCUUCAUAAUCACGCGGGAUGCAGAUGAUAUCCAAAGACAACCAUGCAUUGUCCACUGGGACCCUAUUGAAGAUGGAUUUGGCCAGCCGGGCAUAAUGCUGCUUCGUUAUAAUUAUCCAUUCACGAACGACCUGCAGCCUGUGCAAGUCGACCUUGAGCAGUUGCGGGCAAAACCCUUCCACCCACGAAAAAUUUCCACGUCAAACUCGUGCUUCAAAGAACUGAACCCAGGCGCCAGCGUUUUCUGGGAGGUAGCCUUGCCAUCUAUCUACUUCGACUCCUUCUUACCAGGACAGUUUUACGAAAUCUUCUGGGUGGGGGGGCAAAUUCAUUUGUGGGACUGGGGCACAUUAGCGGAGCACAGUAACCGCAAACUCGGCCCCAAGUCCCCUGUGGUGGUACUCCCCGGCGGGCCACGACAGUCACUGGACAUUAUCGAUGUUGAAAGCGACAUAGACGAUUUGGGCCCAUUGCCACCUUCGCCCGGAUCCAUUUUGGCACCUGCCAGGAUGAGUGGCGCCCCUGUUUUCAGCCUGAGCAUCGCUGGACCUAUCACACUCUCAUAUGAUGCAGCUCCGAAUGCCCUAGACCGAAAGCCGGUUAUAAUUCAUACGUUUAUGUUCAAGGAUCUCGAUCGCCGCCAGGAUGGAUUCAGGCUUUACUUUGGAGGAAAAGACCAGUGGAGUCCAUAUGAACUCGGGGGCCUGUUUACGCACCACGAUUACAGAUUUUCUACUUCUGUUCCGGUAAAUGUUGGCCGCAACGACCAGAACGAUUUCGUGGCCCUGAUGCCUAGUGAGUCGUGGUCAUUCACGCGGGAGGUGAGUGAUUUCCCGAAGAAUGUAGCGCCCGGCGAAAAAUUCCGGUACGGGUUCAAGGGAGCUACGCUUGACUGGUGGGACUGGGGACAUUAUCAAGAUCAUGAAGAUACUUUGGUGUGGAUUGAUGCUAAGGUCCGCAAUCCGACAGAUAAUGGAGGCCGACCUAAGCUUGUGGUGCCGGCUAGUAACUGGAUCGAGUUUACACUAGUUGAAUGA